GUUGUCUAAAAGCAUUGUCUUCCAAUUGAGAGAGGCAGGUGCGGCUUAGCUUGGCUGCCGCCGGCGUCUCAACUCAUCCAUUACUUCUACUAACCUUCAACUUCCAAAUUGUUUGUCUUUGAAGUUUGAACUUUACUUCCAAAUCAGGGUUUCAGUUUGUUAAAUCCCUAAUAAUACCUUCAAAACUCGUGUAAAUAAUCCCGAAAAUCACUUCCACUUUCCUUUCCUCGUUUUGACCCUCCAACUUUUUUUCCCUUAGCUGCUUCAUCUCGUCCUCUCCGCAUGGUUCAGGAUAUGGCUACUUUACUUAUUUAGCUCGUUUGUUUUUAGUUUCCGGUUCUUCAUGAAGAGUGCAUUUUCAAUUAUAAGUUUCUGCUCCAAGCUCAACUUUAGAAGAAAAACACCAUGUAGAUAUUUUGCAACAGCCAAUUAUGAAUUGUCUUCUUUCAACCAUAUGGACGAGGACUGCACAAACUAUGAUGUUGACUCUGAUGAACGAAGUUAUUUUGGCAAUGAAGUUGAAGUUUCUAAAGGUAAAAAAACUGAUGAGGAUAAAAUGGAAAAGAUAAAAUUGAUACUUGGGAACCGUGGGUUUAAACUUGGUUCGCGUCCGAAACAAUUGGAGACCGUAAGGAUUUUGGACAUUUUAUUUGAGGAUAGUUCAGAUCCCGAACUUUGUCUUUACUACUUCAAAUGGUCAGGAUGUUUAUCUGGAUCUAAUCAGUCGCUGGAGUCAAUUUGUAGGAUGGCACAUAUUUUGGUUGCUGGGAAUAAGAAUCAUGGGGCAGUUGAUUUAAUAUCGCACCUUGUUAAAAAUUAUGGUUGUAAAGAGGGAUCUUCAAGUAUAUUGCUGGAAGUUUUCUAUGACACACAUAAUAAAAGAAAAACUUUGGAAACCACAUGCGGCAUGAUGAUUAACUGUUAUAUCAAGGAAGGAAUGGUAACUUCUGCUGUUAUCUUGAUUGAUCAAAUGAGGCGCCUUAACGUAUUUCCUUCUAUAUGGGUAUACAAAUCGGUGAUAAAAGCUUUAUUACAAACCAACCGGUUUGACAUGGCCUGGGAUCUUCUAGAAGAAAUGCAGCGGCAAGGUAUAAGUUUACAUUAUUCAAUUAAUUUAUUUAUUCAUCAUUAUUGUUCAGAAGGUAAUCUGGGUAAGGGAUGGAAAGUGCUUUUGGAGUUGAGGAAUUUUGGAUCUAAGCCAGAUGUAGUUGAUUACACAACCGUGAUCAACUCACUUUGCAAAAUAUCUCUGUUAAAAGAAGCCACCGCCCUGUUGUUUAAAAUGAUUACUUUUGGUGUUUCUCCUGAUUUAGUUACAAUGAGUUCUAUUAUUGAUGGUCAUUGUAAAGUAGGAAAGUCAGAUAUAGCUUGUAAAAUAUUAAAGUACUUUAAGAUUCCCCUAAAUAUUUUCAUAUACAAUAGCUUUAUAACAGAGUUAUUUAUGGAAGGAGACACGGUAAAAGCUUCAAAAGUUUUUCUUGAAAUGUCUGAGGUGGGCUUAGUUCCAGAUUGUGUUAGUUACACAACCAUGAUAGGAGGCUAUUGUAAAGUGGGAAACAUAAACAUAGCAUUUUCUUACCUGAGCAAGAUGUUAAAAAGUGGGAUACAACCAUCUGUUAUUACGUAUACUUUGUUCGUUGAUUACUUUUGUGAGUGUGGGGAUGUGGAAAUGGCUGAAGUUAUGUUUGAAAAGAUGAUUGUUGAGGAUUUAAAACCUGACGUUGUCAUGUAUAAUAUAUUGAUGGAUGCAUAUGGAAAGAAGGGCUACAUGCACAAGGCUUUUCAACUCCUUGAUAUGAUGAGAUCUACAAAUGUUACUCCUGACGUUGUGACAUAUAACAGUCUCAUUCAUGGUCUUGUUAUGCGAGGGUUUCUUCAAGAAGCAAAGGAUAUUCUAGAUGAGCUCAUAAGGAGGGGUUUCAGUAUAGAUGUUGUCACAUACACUAAUAUCAUGCAUGGAUAUUCCAAAAGGGGAAACUUUGAGGAAGCUUUUCUUCUUUGGUAUCAUAUGGCUGACAACUGUGUAACGCCUGAUGUUGUUACUUGCAGUGCUCUUCUUAGUGGGUAUUGCCGAGCAAAGCAUAUGGAUGAAGCAAAUGCACUAUUUUGUAGAAUGCUGGACAUUGGGUUAAAACCAGACUUGAUAUUGUACAAUACUCUAAUCCAUGGAUUUUGCAGUGUUGGUAAUGUAGAUGAAGGUUGCAAUCUGGUAAAGAAGAUGAUUGAAAGCAGCAUCAUUCCAAACAAUGUUACUCAUCGUGCACUUGUCCUUGGAUUUCAGAAAAAGAGAGUUAUGGAUCCAAUACAGAGUGCCACUUCUAAACUCCAAGAAAUCUUGAUUGCAUAUGAUCUUCAGAUUGAUGCCAUUGGACAUAUCUAAUGUUGGACAAACAAGAUGAUCGCACCAAGCAUGUGAUAAACUUCUCAUAUGCGUGCUGGGUUCUUUUAUAUGUAUUUAAAAUGGCCUAGCUCAUAAUCCUGAAGAGGAAAGAAGCUAAAUCAGAAAAUGGCACUUUGCUCUUCUGUAUCUACUCUAUCUUCCAAGCCAGCCCUUGAAAUCAUACUCAAAUAUUUUGAAUCGAAGGUUUCGGGAAAAAAAUCUCAGUCUCCAGCUCCAAGUUGCUUGGGAAGUUUGAUGAGGGGAAGCAACCCAAGGAGGCUGAAUCUGGCAAGGUCUUCUGAGAUUGAAUCAGGGUAGCAUGGGCGAUCCCACUGACGAAGACGAACAAACAUGGCCAUUCCGCCCUUCUGAACUGUUAAGUCUAGAAGCUGGUUCUCGUUUUGAUCUGGAGGAUCAACAUCACGACAAUGGAGAAAAGGCAUUGAGGAUUCCAGUGUUGUAUUAUGUUAAAGUUUAAUUUUUAUUUUAGUUCUAAUCACCUUGGUUUUGGGUUAGCCUAGUGGUUAAUGAGAGUCGCCUAUUGAUUUAUAGAAAAUAAAUUCAAGUCAGAGUGAUCGCUCAAAAUUUAAUAUCUUCCUGGUUACUUUUGCAACUAAAUAAAGUCAAGUAGUUUUAUCAUAUACGAACAAAUUGAAUUAGAAACCCAAAGAUGUAAAACAAUAAUUAUAAUAUAAUAAAAUUGACCUGAGUUUGUUA